GGUAAGCUCUUGGAAGUGUUCUGGGGUCGUGUUGAAGCAGUAGCUGAAGUACUUUACGGAAGAGAGACAUAAGCGGGUAGCUUAGGAAUCUUUCAGUAGCAGUUGUCAGGAUAUAUCAGACUAUGUAAAGCUGAUUAAGCAGAUCUUGUAAUAGAGUGUACAAGAUAAUUUCUAAUAAAGUAUUGGUGUUUGUUUGUGUAAUUUGUCUCUUGUUUUAUCUUCUGUUUUACCUUAAUUGUGUUUGCAUCUGCAUUUACAAUUGGUAUCAGAGCAUGUCACCUAAAUUACCGGUGUGAUCCUUAAGGUGGAGAUGGACACGAUUAUUUCUAUGCAGAAGGCGAGAUCAUGCUGAAUGCGGACCAGUAUGGUCAUUGGAAGGCUCGCAUGAAGCAGUUGAUUUGAGAAAUCAAUGAAGUGUGGACAUAUGAGAUGAGAAGAAGCCAAAGCCAAAAGAGGAUUGGUCAGAGGCAGAGUGCAAUGCAUCAAAAUUUAAUGCAAAUGUGUUGUCGGUAAUUUUUGGAGCCGUUGAAACAGAACAAUUGCAGCUGAUUCAAAGGAGUACUUCAGUUUAAGAGGCAUGGGAGAUCCUGCUGAAUUCGUUUGAAGGAGAUAAUAGUGUCAAGAGGACACGUCUGGAUCAUCUUAGGUCACAAUUUGAGAAUCUCAGGUGGUCUGAUAAUGAUUUGUGGCUAACUUCACUGCCAAACUCAGUGUCAUGGCGCAUGAAGCAUGUGUACUUGGAAAGAAGUACAAUGAGAAGCAGCUGGUAAAGAAGUUACUACGAUGUCUUCCAACAAAGUUUGGAGGUCAUAAGGUGGUCUUGAAUAUGACCACAAACACAGAUGAGCUCAAGUGACAAACUUGUGGAUAUGCUGAAAGCAGAAGAGAUGGAGACAUACAGUAGCUCGAUCUCUGCGUCAGGUGGUGCAUCAAGGAGUAUAUCGCUUGUUGCUGACAAAGAAGGUGACACAUCUCUGAAUCUUGAAGAUGCCAUGGGGAUGUUGACUAGGAAUAUUGGUAAGAUGAUGAAUCCCUCUGGUUGGAGGAAUCACUAUUGUCGCUGGAGGUGAUCAUAGCAAUGGUAGAAGAAGAAAAUGUCUUAAGUGCUACGAGUAUGAAGGAGUUGGUCAUAUAAGGGCUGACUGUCAUGUAGCACAACAAAGAGAACUUAAGUGUUCUGAGUGUAGAGGUGUUAGACACACUCGGCGUGAAUGUCCAAACUCAAAGAAAGAAAAAGGCGUUCCAUUGCAGUCGUUAGAUGAUUCAGAGUAUGUAGAAGAUGGAAAGGUAUUGAAGAACCUUGUUGCAUUUGGUGUACGCAAGGAGGAAUUCAGUGAAUCCUCGGAUUCAGAUAUUGAUACAGACUCUGAGGAUUAUCACGUGAUGCUCAACAAAUGGUUUCAGCUCAAGGAUCAGAAUUUGAGAUAGGAGAAUGUGGCUCAGAAGCAAACCAAUUUGCUUGAAGAAGUGCUUGAAGAACUUGCGACUGUAAAUAAAGAGAAGAAUGAGUCUCUUGAGCAGGAAGUUAGCAAGCUCAGGGAAGGAUCUAUUGGUGAAUGAGAGAGAGCAAGGAUGCUGGAAGAUGAUUUGGCUGAGAAUCACAAGCGGGUCAGGAUGCUCAAUAGUGGAACCAAUGAUUUGGAUAAGACACUUUCGAUGGGACAACCAACUAAGACAAAAUGGGGACUGGGAUACCGAGGAGCUCAGAGUACUGGCGUACAUCAGAAGGGGUUGUCACACUUCGUGCGAGGAAGCACAUCAAAAAGUGAAGCUAAAGAAGUUCGUCCAAAAGUACGCCGGGACGUACGACAAAGAGUACAACAGGAAGGUCUACAACACGUAGAUGUGAGUAACAAGUCGAAGACAAUACAUCACUACAGCAACAUGAAUGUCAGACAAGAGUUUCUGAAACAUGAUUGUGCAUCUGGUACAAGGAAGGAGACUGAUCAGUGCAUCAUCAACUGUGUCAGGCCAAACAAGAAGCAACAUCGGAUGUGUUGUUGGUUCUAUGGGAAGGUUGGACACAAGAAGGUGAUGUGUUUUGCUCGUGAGAAAAGCAGAAACAUGGCCAAGAAGGUGAACAAGAUGUUCAUUAAACUCAAGAGGGUUGAAGAGGUAGUCUUAGCCAAGAGUGAUCUUGAGGAAGGUCAAGAAGCAUCAAAUCUGGAGCCAGGACACGGAGUUGAUUAUGGUACAGAGUGGAAUGAGAUCAAAGUGCGCCAGGAAGUGAUGCGAGAUGAUCUUCAUGAGGAUGAUAAUGAAAUCACUCCAAGACAAUAGCAAUGAGUGCAAAGUGCACUCGGUGCGGAUGGAGAAAGGCUCAUGGUCAAGAAGACUACACAUAAAGGAAGCCAAGUCCUCAAUAGAAGCUAGUCGAAGAGUAGUUCGACAUGUGCGUCAGAUUGUGAUGCAGUACUUGUAAUAUAUUCUACUGCAUGAGGAGUAUAAACUAAAAAAUUAAUCAAAUACUUACUAUUUUUUUGAUAUAUUUUAAUAAUUUUGUUAUGUGUGAGCCAUCCACCUAAUAAACUGUACAUUUAAAUAGUAAUAUUUUAAAAAGUAACUUUAUUGACAUUUAUUUAAAUAAAUUCAUAAUUCUGAAAUAACAAUAACUUUUUGAGAACAUCAAAAUUAUUUAUGCGCAUAGGAAAUAAAUCCUUUUAUUUGCUUAUUGGAAAAUGAACGAGUCUAAAGCUUUUACACAUAUUAUAUGAGAAAAACUUGGAUUUUUCUAAAUUAGAUUCGUUUAAAUCGGAACAUAUUAACGUGAGUUUCUAAAAUUAGAUUUUUGUUAUGUAUAUAUGUAAGAAUACUUUGUAUGAUGUAACAAAUAGAAUAAUUCAUUUCUUUCCUAAACUUUUAACUCACUAUCAAUCCAUUUCUAUAAUCCAAGAUGAGGAAAUCCGUUCAAAUCUUGUCUACAUUCUUAAUCAUCUUCAUUAUUCUCUCACUAGGAAUGAUGGCAGAUGCGAAAAAACAGUGUCCAUAUAAAAUUCCAAUUAAUAAAAAAUUCUCGUAUUGUGCUGCAACACACUGUUUGGCUGAUUGUAAGAAGCAACAUGGAGCUGAUGCUAGUGGUAGUUGUUCCGAAGAAAAGGGAUUUUGUAAUUGCGUUGCUAAUUGCAAGGGUUCUCGCUAAGUGUUGUGAAUAUAAUAAUAUCCAGCCAAAGUUUUAUACUAUCUUUUUACCAAUAAAUAUCUAAAUGUUAAAAUGUUUGUCUCAGAUUUGUGGAUCUAUUUAUAAUAAAUAAUAAUAAGAGAAUUUAAUACAUACAAA